AUAGUGCAAAAAUUUUUUGGUUUAGUACGUGCAUAAAGUCGCGACCUAUGCGUGUUCUAAACGGUUUGCCUUUCGUUCUAAACUUAAUUGUGUGUCAUGCUUAAAAAGUUGAGAGAAAAAUAAUACUUCAAGAAUAAUUUGAAAAAAACAAUGUGCCAGGGUGGGUGGACCAUCAAUAUGCCGUCGAAUAAGAAUAAAGACUCACCAACACACCAGAGACCCAAUUACAACACGGAAUUUUUACGUGAACCGGCUAAAGAAAAUUCCGUUUUUAAGGACAUCCGAACUAUACUAUUUAUUUUGAAAGCAACUGGUUUAUUACCCAUAUAUAAACAACUUUCGAACUAUGAAGUUGGCCCACCUAAUAAAUCGCAUGAGUUCUAUUCGUUUUUUGUGCGGGGCGUUGUACAUGGACUUACCAUUUUUAAUUUGUAUAAUCUCUUUAAACCUGGUGGUUCUCAAUUGUUUUAUUCAUACAGUGAGACGGAUAAUAUUAAUCAAUGGAUCGAAAUUAUACUAUGCGUUAUCACCUAUUCGGCCACGGUACUUAUAUGUACCAAAAACUCGAAAUCCUUUCUGAAAAUUAUAAAUGAAAUACUGAAGGUUGAUGAGGAAGUACGACGACAAUUUCAUGCCACAUUAAGCAAUAACUGUGAGUUUUCUGUUAAAUUUAUAGUCGGCAUCUGCAUUUGCCAGUGGUACAUAAUAAUACUCAAAAUAAUUUCUGCGACCAAUCAACUAACACCGACGUCCUAUAUACUGAUCGCAUUCUAUGCUAUACAAAAUGGCAUGUCCAGUAUAUUUAUUAUUUUUGCCGCUGCAUUACUCAGAAUCGUGUCGAUGCGGUUCGAGUACCUGAAUCUGGUAUUGAAUGGUUAUACCUACGCACAGCAACGCAAGAUAAGUAAAUAUUGGCGCCGAGUAGGUGAGAAUGGGGCUGCGGCUAUGGAAACUUUUCCAGAUAUUUCAUUGUUUACGUAUCGUAUGCAUAAUAAAUUGUUGCGCAUCUAUAAGUCCAUAAAUGAAUGUUGUAGUCUAAUUUUGGUUGGUUAUAUGGGAUAUGCCUUUUAUACUAUAACCACUACGGCCUAUAAUUUAUUUGUGCAAAUUACCACAAAUAAUAUAUCGAUGAACGUAUUACAGUGGUGUUUGGCUUGGUUGUGUUUACAUAUCUCAUUACUGGCUAUAUUAUCAAAGAGUUGUGGACAAGCAACAAGGGAGGCUAACACAACUUCUCAGAUAUUAGCUCGGGUUUACGGAAAAAGCAAGGAGUAUCAAAAUAUAAUUGACAAAUUUCUAACCAAAAGCAUAAAACAAGAUGUGCAGUUUACAGCUUAUGGAUUCUUUGUCAUUGAUAACUCAACACUUUUUAAGAUAUUUUCAGCUGUCACAACUUAUUUGGUUAUUCUGAUACAAUUUAAACAACUUGAAGACUCAAAGAUGGAAGAUCAGAUAGCAGCACAAACAUAAAUUCAAUUUCAAUUUCAGUUAAUUGCACAUAAAUUUGCACGCACAACUAUAUUUAACUUAUAUUUAUGCAGCAAUGAUAUUAAGUAUAUG